AUGAAACGCAAAAACGGUACUGUGAGAAAACGAGCCAGUCGGCAGAGCCUCAACCUACACACGAACGGCCACGCCAACGCAGGCGGCAACAUGGAGUCGCAGAUAGAGAUGCGGAAGAAGGGCGUCUCCCUCGAGUCGACGUCAACGCAUACCUCUAGGGUGAUAGACCGACCAGAGUUCUCCCUGGACGACUCUCCCCCGCCCACUCCACAAUCUGCCGCGGCCUUGAGCACCAGCUUCAGCGAUCUACCAGCGGCUGAUAAACGAAAUUUCCUCCUGCUAUGCAUGCUAUACUUCCUCCAGGGCGUGCCCAUGGGUUUGGCCAUGGGGUCGGUACCUUUUCUCCUUAAACCGAACCUCUCCUACGGACAGAUCGGCGUGUUUUCGCUCGCUUCAUACCCAUACUCGCUGAAGCUUCUAUGGAGCCCCAUAGUGGACGCAGUUUGGAGCCAGAGAUUUGGACGACGGAAGAGUUGGAUCAUGCCUAUUCAGACAAUCUCUGGCUUGGCCAUGGUGUAUAUUGGUAGCCAUAUUGCCAAUAUGAUGACUGCAGCAGCUGAUAAGGGAGGAGACGGCAUAUGGGGCUUCACCAAAUGGUGGUUUUUCCUUGUCUUCCUCUGUGCAACGCAGGAUAUUGCCGUUGACGGCUGGGCCAUCUCUCUCAUCUCACCUCAGAACAUUGCCUUUGCCUCUACCGCCCAGACAGUCGGCCUUACGGCCGGGCACUUCCUAUCGUAUACAGUGUUCUUGGCAUUUAACUCGCCGCAUUUUGCUAAUACGUGGUUCCGCUCUACGCCGUCGGAUGAAGGCCUAAUCUCUCUAGGUGGUUACCUGAAAUUCUGGGGUUGGGCAUACCUUCUCGUGACCAUUGGAUUGGCUGUGCUCAAGAAGGAGGAAACUUCAAAGGAUAGGGACGGCAUUGUUGAGGUAUACAAGAGCAUGUGGAAGAUCUUGAAACUCAGCAAUAUCCAGACCAUCAUCAUCAUACAUCUGAUCGCAAAAAUUGGCUUCCAGGCAAACGAGGCCGUGACCAGCUUGAAACUUAUUGAUAAGGGUUUCGGUCAGGAUAAUAUGGCUCUGGUUGUUCUUGUUGACUUCCCGUUUGAGCUUGCCCUCGGUUACUAUGCUGGAAAAUGGUCAACGGAAUAUACUCCCAUGAGGCUGUGGUGCUGGUCAUUUGUAGGCCGCCUUGUAGCUGCUCUCUUGGCCCAGGCUGUUGUCAUGAUUUAUCCAAGCGCCCCCGGUGCUGCUGUCCCUGGAUGGUACAUGUUUGCAGUUAUUGGCGAGCAUCUGUUAUCCACUUCGAUGAACACUAUCAUGUUCGUUGCCUGCUCUGCAUUCCAUGCAAAGAUAUCCGACCCAACGAUUGGCGGUACUUACAUGACAUUACUCGCAACCGUCUCGAAUCUUGGAGGAACUUUCCCCAAAUAUUUUGUUCUUAAACUUGUCGACAGCCUCCACAGUGCAACCUGUGUUCCUCCAUCCAAGACCCCGCGGGGAGUACAGUCUCCCAUCACUACUUCUUUCUCCUGUUCUCUCGAAGCCGAUAAGAACCGUUGCCUUUCUGGAGGCGGCGUUUGCCGAGUCGACCGUGACGGCUUUUACUAUACGAAUAUAUUAUGCGUGGCCAUUGGUGCCCUCACUUUCUGGUUCUUCAUCCGAGGAGCCGUGAUGAAACUCCAGAGACUCCCCCUGCGUGCAUGGCGAGUCGCCCCAGAAGAUACAGUUAGAUGA